AUGUGUCUACCAACCAUCAUCCACAACACCUCCAUGUGUCUACCAACCAAUCACAACACCUCCAUGUGUCUACCAACCAAUCAUCACAACACCUCCAUGUGUCUACCAACCAAUCAUCACACCUCCAUGUGUCUAACCAACCAAUCAUCUCCCACAACACCUCCAUGUGUCUACCAACCAAUCACCACAACACCUCCAUGUGUCUACCAACCAAUCAUCACACCUCCAUGUGUCUACCAACCAAUCAUCACACCUCCAUGUGUCUACCAACCAAUCAUCACACCUCCAUGUGUCUACCAACCAAUCAUCUCCCACAACACCUCCAUGUGUCUACCAACCAAUCAUCACAACACCUCCAUGUGUCUACCAACCAAUCAUCUCCCACAACACCUCCAUGUGUCUACCAACCAAUCAUCACAACACCUCCAUGUGUCUACCAACCAAUCAUCACAACACCUCCAUGUGUCUACCAACCAAUCAUCACAACACCUCCAUGUGUCUACCAACCAACCACAACACCUCCAUGUGUCUACCAACCAAUCAUCUCCCACCACACCUCCAUGUGUCUACCAACCAAUCAUCUCCCACCACACCUCCAUGUGUCUACCAACCAAUCAUCACAACACCUCCAUGUGUCUACCAACCAAUCACAACACCUCCAUGUGUCUACCAACCAAUCAUCUCCCCAACACCUCCAUGUGUCUACCAACCAAUCAUCUCCCACCACACCUCCAUGUGUCUACCAACCAAUCAUCUCCCACCACACCUCCAUGUGUCUACCAACCAAUCAUCUCCCACCACACCUCCAUGUGUCUACCAACCAAUCAUCUCCCACCACACCUCCAUGUGUCUACCAACCAAUCAUCUCCCACCACACCUCCAUGUGUCUACCAACCAAUCAUCUCCCACCACACCUCCAUGUGUCUACCAACCAAUCAUCUCCCACCACACCUCCAUGUGUCUACCAACCAAUCAUCUCCCACCACACCUCCAUGUGUCUACCAACCAAUCACCACAACACCUCCAUGUGUCUACCAACCAAUCACCACAACACCUCCAUGUGUCUACCAACCAAUCACAACACCUCCAUGUGUCUACCAACCAAUCAUCACAACACCUCCAUGUGUCUACCAACCAAUCAUCUCCCACAACACCUCCAUGUGUCUACCAACCAAUCACAACACCUCCAUGUGUCUACCAACCAAUCAUCUCCCACAACACCUCCAUGUGUCUACCAACCAAUCAUCACAACACCUCCAUGUGUCUACCAACCAAUCAUCUCCCACAACACCUCCAUGUGUCUACCAACCAAUCAUCUCCCACAACAGCUCCAUGUGUCUACCAACCAAUCAUCUCCCACAACACCUCCAUGUGUCUACCAACCAAUCACAACUCCUCCAUGUGUCUACCAACCAAUCAUCACAACACCUCCAUGUGUCUACCAACCAAUCAUAA